UCGAGUAACUGUUAUCCGUGAAGCAGCAAGAGGAAUAUAGGAGCGCUUUUUCAGCACAAUUGCAAUGCCACAUUCCACGCUUCCACUGUGCGUCGUCGGACUCCUAGCGUUCUCCUCCGCGUGCUACAUCCAGAACUGUCCCAGGGGCGGGAAGCGCGCGUUACAGGACACCGGCAUCAGACAAUGCAUGACAUGUGGACCAGGGGACCAGGGCCGCUGCUUUGGCCCCAGUAUCUGCUGUGGGGAGGGGCUAGGCUGCUGGAUGGGCUCCCCAGAGACGGCACGCUGCAUGGAGGAGAACUACCUGCCCACCCCCUGCCAGGCAGGAGGGAGACCCUGUGGAUCUGACGUAGGACACUGCGCUGCACCAGGAGUUUGCUGUGACUCAGAGAGCUGUGUUCUAGACCCAGACUGUUUGGGGACGAGUCGGUACCACUCUCCUGCGGAUCACAGCACCGGAGCCACAAGGGACUCACCGGAAGAACUUCUGCUGCGCCUGCUACACUUUGCCACCAGGGGGCAAAGUGAAUACUAACAGUAACAAUCUCACUCCAGAGAUUUGCAUACGUUGCCUAAUUCCAAAUCAACCCUUACUAGCCUUUGACACUUCUCAUAGAUCGGAAAGGUUUGAAUUUAAUUACUUUAUUUUUCCAGAAGGAACUUCAGUAAUUGGAUAGGUAUUGGCAAUAUGGUAAUUGUUCCACCUUGCCUACUGAUGGAGAUUUCGCCAUAUUGUUGACCACUACUAUCAAAACCUUUUACAUCUAUACUGUACCUAGGCUAGGCUAGGCUAGGGGUCGAUUUGGAAUCAGGCAAAAUGGUUAAACUUCUGACAGAAAUAACAACAGGAUAAAAAGGAUACGAGUUAUGAACUGUCAAAGAAAGAGUGUUUUUUCCACCUAAGAAUGUAUAUACAGAUACAUACAUUACAUAUAUAAUUAUUCAGUUCUACAAGACAUUGUAUUUCCCAAUGCCUCAAUAUAAAUAGGUUCUGUAUACACCACAGAAAUCCAGACAUUUGUGUAGGAAAUAAAUAGUUUUCUUGCAGUGUUGUAGAAUGCUCAGAUUAAUGUUCAACAAUCAUUGUUGUUACUAUGUGAAGUGCUUGUAGACCACUACAUUAAUGCAAUAUAUUACUAUUAUGAAUCACCAUUUACAGAGAAUCACCGCUGUUGUAUAAUCGAAAUGAAAGACAUCAAGAAAUCACUGCCAACAAAACUUUAGUAUGUCUUUUGUUUUUCCAUCCAAAAAAAAUACUGAAAAUACC